UUACUAUUUUUAUUUCCCUAUAAAAUAUUUAUUCCCGAUUGUAUUAAUAUUUAUCCCCUAUAAAUGAUGCUAUAUUUAUGAGGACCAUAAUUUAUUUGUAUGCAUAUAUACGUAAAUCUUUGUAUUAUUCAUUCUUUUUAUGACUGAAUUUUUCUUCUACAGUGAACCUCAAAAUAUAGUGCGCAAAAUUCCUUCCAUACUGUAUCUGUCUCCCGGUGCUGUAUUAUGUUAAGUUUACGGAAAAUGAGAGCUGGUUAAGAAUAGAGAAAACAAAUAUUCAGGAUACAAACGUAAUUCUUGAAUGUAUACGCUAACCUACAUUUUAGCUGUAAUUUAUACAUAAGAAUUCUUGAUUUUUAUUCUUAAAAUUAAGAAUAAGCAAAAUGACAGCCAUUAAAUCAACCCAAUCAAAAUUAAGGAUACUAGCCUUACAUGGAUAUAUGCAAUCUGAUAUAAUCUUUAGCGCCAAAUUGGGAUCUUUAAGAAAGGGAUUUAAAAAAGAAAUAGAUUUUACAUUUAUAAGAGCACCACAUAAAGUUCCAUCAAAUAAUGAAAGAAAUGCAGAUGAAAAUGGAUACGGAUGGUGGUUUAACACAGAGGAUCAUGUAUUUAAAGCAACAGUACCUAGUGAAUUGUGUGUAGGAUUUAAUGACAGUAUAGCUUUGAUAGAAAAGGUAUUCAUAAAACAGGGUCCCUUUGAUGGUAUAUUAGGUUUCUCACAAGGAGCUGCUUUUGUCAGUAUACUAUGUGUUAUGAUGAAGAGAAAAAUGUUACAGUUUGAAUUUAACUUUGCUAUUAUAAUAUCAGGAUUUAAGUCAUUAUGUGCACCUCACGCAAAAUAUUAUGACCAAAAGAUAGAUAUACCUUCCUUACAUAUUUAUGGAGAAAAUGAUCAAGUAAUUCCAACAGCAAUGACAGAACAUAUUAGUUGUCUUUUUCUAAAUAAGAAAGAGGUACAGCAUGAAGGUGGCCACUAUAUACCAAGCAAAAAAGAUAUCUAUAGGGAUUUUAUAAUGGAAAUGCUAGCAAAUAAAAAUCUAGGCAAUUGAUAAUUUUUUAAUUUUAUUAUUAAGAUUAUAAUUAUUUUGCUGAUAUAGGAUUCAAUUGUGUAAACGAAUUUUGAAUGUGUUAUACAUGAUUAGUGGAUAAAUGUAAACAUGCACAGAAUUUUUUAAAUAUUGAAUAUAAACAUAUGUAAUCAUGUACAAUAUAUUUUUUUUUCUUUUUACUGCUGCUUAGUGUGAUGUUUGCAUUGUUACAUAUCCUAUGUAACAUAUAGUUAUAGAAUUAUGUAGCUAAUAAUUAUAAAACUAAAAAUAAGUUAUAUAAUAAUUAUAAUAGGAUAUACAAUAUUAUAGAAUUAAAAACACACCAUUCAUUGGAGCAUUAUAUUUUACAUUUAUAAUAA